CCCACAUGCAGGGGGGAGGGGCCUGGCGCUGUCACCGCCCUCCUUCACCAUAUAUGGUUCGUCUGGCGGUAUGAGAGCGGCUACAUCCACCCGGCAAAAAGUGGACACGAGACGUCAGUGUGCUCCCGAAAUAAGAGCCUUUCACAACCAUGCCGUCAGACCUGGCCAAGAAGAAGGCAGCCAAGAAGAAGGAGGCUGCCAAAGCCCGUCAGCGCCCGAAGAAGUGUGACGAAGUAAAUGGAGAUGGUGAGCAGCCAGAGAUUCAAGAAAACGGAGCAGACAGCAAUGGUGUUGCCAGCUUAACUAAAGAACUGGACGAGUUUGAGCUGCGGAAGACGGAGGCUCGGGCAGUGACUGGCGUUCUCGCCUCCCACCCCAACAGCACGGAUGUCCACAUCAGUAGCCUGUCGCUCACCUUUCACGGUCAGGAGCUGUUGGCUGAUACUAGCUUAGAGCUGAACUCGGGCCGACGCUAUGGUCUCAUCGGCCUUAACGGCACAGGAAAGUCCAUGCUACUGUCAGCCAUUGGUCAUCGUGAGAUUCCCAUUCCAGAGCACAUAGAUAUUUACCACUUAACCCGAGAGAUGGCUCCCAGCGAAAAGACGGCUCUGCAGUGUGUCAUGGAAGUGGACGAGCAGAGGAUAAUGCUGGAGAAGGAGGCAGAGAGAUUGGCGCAUGAAGACUCGGAGUGUGAGAAGCUGAUGGAGCUCUAUGAGCGUCUAGAGGAGUUGGAUGCAGACAAAGCAGAGAUGCGAGCUUCCCGGAUCCUCCAUGGUCUUGGUUUCAGCACCGCUAUGCAGCAGAAGAAACUAAAAGACUUUAGUGGAGGGUGGAGGAUGCGUGUUGCUCUGGCUAGAGCUCUGUUCAUCAAGCCCUUCAUGUUGUUGCUGGAUGAGCCGACAAACCACCUGGACCUGGAUGCCUGUGUGUGGCUGGAAGAGGAGCUAAAGUCGUUCAAGAGAAUCCUUGUGCUCAUCUCUCACUCCCAAGACUUCCUGAAUGGUGUGUGUACCAAUAUCAUCCACUUGCAUCAGAGGAAACUGAAGUACUACACGGGUAACUAUGACCAGUAUGUGAAGACCAGAGCAGAGCUGGAAGAGAACCAGAUGAAGCGCUUCAACUGGGAGCAGGACCAGAUAGCACACAUGAAGAAUUACAUCGCCAGGUUUGGUCACGGCUCUGCUAAGUUGGCACGACAAGCACAGAGCAAAGAGAAGACGCUGCAGAAGAUGGUGGCAUCAGGCUUGACUGAAAGAGUUGUGAAUGACAAGACUCUGUCAUUUUAUUUUCCUCCCUGUGGGAAGAUUCCUCCUCCUGUUAUCAUGGUUCAGAAUGUGAGCUUCAAGUACAGUGAAAGCACACCGCACAUUUAUAAAAACCUGGAGUUUGGUAUCGACUUGGAUACUCGGGUGGCUUUGGUGGGACCCAAUGGAGCUGGGAAAUCUACGUUGCUAAAGCUGCUUAUGGGAGAGCUCCUCCCAACUGAUGGCAUGAUCCGCAAACAUUCUCAUGUGAAGAUCGGCAGAUAUCAUCAGCACCUGACAGAGCAGCUAGAGCUUGACCUCUCUCCUUUAGAGUACAUGAUGAAGUGUUUCCCUGAGAUCAAAGAAAAAGAGGAGAUGAGAAAGAUCAUUGGUCGCUACGGCCUCACAGGAAAACAGCAGGUCAGUCCGAUCAGGAACUUGUCAGAUGGUCAGAAGUGCAGAGUGUGUUUUGCCUGGCUGGCUUGGCAGAACCCCCACAUGCUGUUCCUGGAUGAGCCCACCAAUCACCUGGAUAUUGAGACGAUUGAUGCCUUGGCAGAAGCAAUCAACGAGUUUGAAGGGGGCAUGAUGCUAGUUAGCCACGACUUCAGGCUAAUUCAGCAGGUGGCUCAAGAAAUCUGGGUGUGUGAGAAUCAAACCAUCACAAAGUGGAAGAGCGACAUCCUGGGAUACAAGGAGCAUUUGAAGUCUAAGAUUGAAAAGCAGUGAAUGCAUGCUAUUUGAAGCACCGGGCCGCUUGUUUCUUACAUCAUGGACCUGCAAGUUUGUCAAAGGAUGAGCAGGAAACGUCCUACUGAACAGAAACAUUCUAUUAUGCAUCUUACUGGACUUCUCUUGUAAACUUAGUACCACAUUUCCUCAGUUUAAUGGCGAUCCAACCCCCGCCCGAUUGGCUGAUUCACCUGGAUUGCAUUCCAUUGUGUUGUCUUCAAAGAAGUCUUUGGGUUCCUCCUUAAAUGUUCUGUUUUAUCCAAUCAUGUUAAGAAGCAGGUUUUAGGUUAUUUUAUAUUUAAAAGGUGACCUCCCCUCCCCCACUGUAAAAGAGCA